UCUGAUUGCAACAGUCAGUUGACGUGUACACAUGCGGUCUGCGGUACUGUGCACACACACACACACGACGAGUCCACGUGAAAAGCAGCAUAAACAACCACCGGAUAUAAAACGCAGACAGCGAUUCGUGAACCUGCUGGACGACACGAGUAGAUGGAUGGAUGGAGAGUGGAUGCAAUGGCCAGCUUACCUUCACUUCUCCUUUGCAAUUGCUGGGAAUCGACGAGAGACGGCCACACAACUGAUACGUACACAGGAUCCCCAGCCCCAGAACUAUAAGCCAUAACCACAAUGUGUGGUCCUGCUGAGACGAGAGCUUGUAGUACAGGGACUCAGCGUUCUCGGCGGCCCCAUGGCCGUACCCGCUCCCACAUCUCCUGCAGCCAGCCCCAGAGCCAGGACAGCCAGGCCUUCCAGCCGGUGUGUGCGGGGCAAGUGGCUGGAGGGUCGUCGGCGAGGCUGUCCACAGGGGGCUCGAUGGGUGGCUGAGGGAUGGGCUGCGGGGUCGGCGCCCAGUACCCGGGGUAAUAGUGCGGGUUGACCCGCCUCAGCCUGACACGAUGGGCGAGAGACAUCAGUAGAUUCAGAUUGACAAGCUGAUUCCUACGCGUCGUCGACAAGGAAAACAUAUAGUGCGUACCAUGCGUGGUUGAGAAUGUCGUCGUAGGUGAUGGUGGCGGUGUUCCGUGUCAGCAGCUCGUAGAAGGCGUUGGCAUGGCUGCUUCGGGUCGGGCCCUAGAUGACAUACAAGCACGGCAGAAAGGACACACAAUAUCAUAGUCCGUCCAUCUGUGUGUCUUGUUCCCUCGCCGCCAAGGUAACCUUCUUGGGGCUGGUUUUGACGCCAUACAGCAUCUCCCCUACCAUAUCCCUACAGAGACAACAGCAUAAGACACAAGUAUCUCAAUUCCUCUGUAUUGAAUGUCUCGCUGGCUCACCCCAGCCGCUUAAUAUCAAAGGUCAGCCGCUCGCGUGCCUCCCGGGAGCGCAGCUCCUCCUCCCCCUGGCAGCACAAGACACAACAGGUGUGGCCCGGCCAAACAUCGAAGCUGAGCCUUCUUAGUCAUCACCUGGAACACCCUCGAUAACCCAAAAUCAAUGAGCUUCAUCGUUGGCAGCUCUCCCUCGCCCUUGCCCUCAAUCAGAAAGUUCCCCAGCUUAAUAUCGCUGAGCGAAGCAAGAGAAAGAACAGACGCGUGGAAUGGUGGCUUGCAUUACUUUGUCGCCAUCUCACCCGCCGUGAGACACAAACGCUCGAUGGAAGAGGUCCCUCAAGGAGAUGAUCACCGGAGCGAUCAUCUCCUUCAUGGCCUCCUCCUCCAGCAUCUCUGACGGCCUCCCCUUUUCGAGGUUGCGCCUCGUGUAGGCCGCCGCGUCCUCCUCAUAGAGGUCCGUCUUGAGGAAGACGGCCUCCCUCACCCCCUCCCUGACCUCUGCCACCUGAAGGGAGAAAGAGACAGAGACGCAGAGGAUGCUGGAGAAAGCAUUGUCCAGUGACUGGCUUACCAGGUUGGCUUUGGCGAUGCUCUUGCUCUCCAAAAACAUGACCCUCUGCAUGGCCGCCGUCUCCCUCGGCGCCAACCCCCCGGCGGCAUCUCCUUCAGGACCUUCUCGGCUCCUGUGCCGGCGCUGAGCCGCUCUUGGGCCUGGUAUACCCUUGCCCCGCUGUAGGUACCCAGGCCGAAGGGCAACAUUUGAUGGCCGUCGAGGCGGCGGGUGGGAGGCAGGUAGCCGCCGUGGCCAACAUAUUUGGUAUCCCCGUCCAGGAAAUGCAGAGGGUAGGGGUUCCCAUCAGGGAGACCCCCCCUUGCGAAGACGCGGGGGAUGUCCGCCAAGCCCGGACGGAAGCGGGGGCUGCGCGGAGGGAGGGGCGCGACGUGCCUACACGAGUGCAUUGCUGCUUUUGCUGCUGCUGUUGCUGCUGCUGCUGUUGCUGUUGUUGUUGCUGUUGCUGUUGCUGCUGUGCUCUGUGAGACUGCACCACAGACACACAAGAAUGGGCCCGCAGUGAGAGAACCCAUCCUCUCUCUGUGGGUGUAUGUCUCACCCCCAGAGCUGCCCUUUCUCUUGCGUGUGGUGUCCACGGGCGCGGCUCCGUCGACAGAGCGGUUGAGUGGCGAGGCAUCGACGGUCGUGUCGGUCCUCUGCCGCCCCAUAUUAUCGUGGGGCCCAAUGUAAUACAAAAAGGGUCGCCUCAACACGUACCCUUCUGCAGUAUGAUGUGGCGCAUUUUUGCAUAGUUCGUAGGGUCCUGCUCCCCGUCGAUGCCAUACACCAUGCCAACCUGCAGACAAAGGGUGGACAGGAUAGGUGUUGGAUAGGUGUAUCCAUUUGGCGUUUUGCCGUACGUGCUGGGCGUCGUUGUACAGGUCCUUUGUCACACCUUUGUCGCGCAUCAACACGUAAGCACGGGGAUGGCUGCCGGGGCUGCAGCCAUCCGUAGCACAAGAACACGUGCUGCAAUCGACGGAUACAUAUUGUAGUUCCAUACCUGCCGCGAUGGCCAGGCCGUUCGGUUCGGCGCGCAGGCUCGUCAGGCAGUGCGUCGCCAUGAAGUCCACGCUGGACAGCUCAACCUGCGCGACCAAAUCAAUGCACAGAGUGUUAAGUUGGCCGUGAUGUGUUUUGUCUUACCACAGUGUUGAUCUGCUUCCAAAUAUCGAAUCUCGCCACAACAAAUCGCCAUGCGAUCUGCACAGACUGAAGCAAGGAACGGCCGUGAGGAGCACGGUGCAUGCGCAGUGGUCUGUGCUCACAUUGGGCAGCGCCGCACGGUCGCCUGUGAAUAUGACGAUCUUGCCCUCCAGGUAUAGCAGCAUGCAGCGACCAUUCCACUUGAAGCAUGUCAACAAGGAUAUACACGAAGGAAGGAGAGUCGGCCAUCACUGCUGAUUGAUUGGGAUCGGUACUUGGUUUGGAGCUUGCUGAACUAAAACGACACACACAGAUAGCAACAGGCGGUGUCAAUCACCUUUCGCGUGAUGGCGAGCAGUUUUCCCUUACCUUGGUGGCCAACUCGUCCUUUUCUGUGAUGAGGCCCCGGUUGGCCCGCUCCGCCUGCUCACAACGACGCUGCAACGAAGAACAAGAAUCGGUUUUAGUCCGUCCCGCACCGAAAAUCUCGCCGUCUCGAAAUCUCGCCCGCAUCGCAAGC